CACGACUUAAAAAACAUAUAAAAUGGAAUAGUAUUCCCUUCUCAAGGCACUUUCGAAUUCUAAUUUGUAUUCUGCUUCUAUCUUCAGCGGAAAAGUUCACUUCUCUUUUGCUUUAAACAUGAAGGUUCUUGUUGUACUUUGCGCCAUUUUUGUGGCCACGCAAGCAAAUCCAGCUUUCAGAGCACUCCGGGCCCGUGCUUCUGGUCUAGGAGCAGGUGGUAGUCUGGGUGCAGGUGGUCCAGCACCAAGUGGUAU